AAAAUCCUAAAAGUUACGAUUUGAAGCUCUCUCUCUCUCUCUCUCUCUCUCUCUAGAAUCUCUCUUUUUACAGAUAAGCCCACCUCGUGGAUUCCUCGUGAUUCCACUUCAAUGCCCCCCUUAUUGUAUAUCCAAAAGAUUCAAACUUUUUGUUCUGUAGAAUUGUCUUCAGCUCGAAAAGCUCUCACCUUUACGAUGGUUCUCGACGGGAAUGGCGGCGCUGUAUGGUUAGGCGGCGGCGGAGCUGGAGACAGGUUUCAUGAGGAGGGGGAGGAGGAGGACGGUGCAGCUCACUUCAAACCUAUGCUUGAAGGUGGUGACUGGUUCUUUAACCAACCACAAGAUCUCCAUAUGUUACAGAGCCAUCAUCAAGAUUUCAGAUUCCUCGGUGGUGGUGGUGGUUUCUUUUUUAAUCCUAACGACAAUCUUCUUCUUGAUCCGUUCUUGGCCGCUGCUAACAACAGCAAGUCUUGUCUCCUCAACAACGUUGCAAACCCUUUUGAUAACAAUAAUGCCUUUGACUUCGGGUCGUCUGAUUCUUGUUUUCUUGGAGGGUAUGGUUCGUUGAGCUCCUCCUCCGUCCCUGAGUUCUUAUCUGCUCGGGAGAACAACAACAACACCUCAACGCCGUUGGAGUCAGAAGGUUUCGGGAGCAGAGCGAAGGUUCUGAAGCCUUUAGAGGUGUUGGCAUCUUCCGGUGCACAGCCUACUCUGUUCCAGAAACGUGCAGCCAUGAGGAAGCUGAGUGAGGAUGGAGAGAUGGACGAGACUGGGGUUGAGGUUUCAGGGUUGAACUAUGAGUCUGAUGAGCUGAACGAGAGCUGUAAAGUUGUUCAGAACGGUGGAGGAGGAGGAGGUAAUAAAGGUAAGAAGAAAGGGAUGCCUGCUAAGAAUCUGAUGGCUGAGAGGAGGAGGAGGAAGAAGCUUAAUGAUAGGCUUUAUAUGCUUAGAUCAGUUGUCCCCAAGAUCAGCAAAAUGGAUAGAGCAUCAAUACUUGGAGAUGCAAUUGAUUAUCUAAAGGAACUAUUACAAAGGAUCAAUGAUCUUCACACCGAGAUUGAGUCAACUCCAUCUGGUUCUUUGCCGCCUCCAACUUCAUCAAGCUUCCAUCCGUUAACGCCUACUCCGCAGACUCUCUCUCGCCGUGUCAAGGAAGAGUUGUGUCCCUCUUCUUUGCCAAGCCCUAAAGGCCAGCAAGCAAGAGUUGAGGUAAGAUUAAGAGAAGGAAGAGCAGUGAACAUUCACAUGUUUUGUGGUCGUAGACCUGGUCUUUUGCUGGCUACCAUGAAAGCUUUGGAUAGUCUUGGAUUGGAUGUUCAGCAAGCUGUGAUUAGUUGUUUCAACGGUUUUGCCUUGGAUGUUUUCCGCGCUGAGCAAUGCCAAGAAGGACAGGAGAUAUUGCCUGAUCAAAUCAAAGCUGUGCUUUUGGAUACAGCGGGCUAUGCUGGUAUGAUCUGAGCUGAUCCUGAGUCAACAUCCUUGAGCAUCUGAUGGAGCUGAGCUAGAAGAACUAAGCCUUUAAAUUUUCAAAUUACUUCUCUGUUUUUUGUUUCUUUCUUCAAAUUAAGGCUUUAAAGAUGUAUUGCAAAUGAGAGUUGUUUAAUUUGACCUUUGAGAACUUGGUGGUUGUUUGAUACAUACAUGACUUCAACCUUUAUAUUUUAGCAAUGUUAACCUCAUUAUGUUU